UCCAAAUUGACAGUUAUUGCAACCCAAUUUCCGACAUUGAAGCAAAACACCCAAUUGGCAACUGUGUUUUGGCGGAUUUCUGGCUCUCCAGUAGUUCAGAUUGUUUUCCGCGGUUGUUUUUUCCAACAUCGCAAAGGCUGUCUUCGUCGUAUAAAAGCCGCCGGACGGACUGUCGGAGUAGUUUAUAAUGGAGCCGCUUGAAAGUUGUUAAUGAGCCUUUUAAAGCCAUAGCCCUAAUUAUCUUGUAUCCCCCAAUUCCUCAUUUACCGAUUUCUAUUUCUAAACGUCAAGGGGCUGAAAAUUGAAUUAUUCAGAAAUGAUGCUGCGAACAUUGGCAUAUGGAGGCCGAGUUAUAUAUAGCAGAACUGCAUGUGAGGUCGAGAGAUCUGCAGAGAAGAUUCUCCGUCUCGUUGAAGAGAGGAGAAGUAAAGAAGAGGCUGUUGCUCUAGGAUUUGACAUGGAAUGGAAGCCUAGUUUUAAAAAAGGGGUUUCACCUGGGAAGGCUGCUGUUAUGCAGAUCUGUGGAGACAUGGACAAUUGUUAUGUUUUUCACAUAUUCCAUUCUGGAAUCUCCCAGAAUCUACAAUUGCUUCUUGAGAACAACACAAUACCAAAGGUUGGAGUAGGCAUUGCUAUUGAUGCUAAAAAGGCUUUCAAAGAUCAUAAUGUAUGUGUAAGUAGUUUAGUAGAUCUGUCUACACUGGCAAACCAAAAGGUUCAUGGAGGUCCUUCAAAAAGGAGUUUAUCAUCUUUAUCUCUAGAAUUCCUUUACCAAGAGCUUCCUAAAGAAAACUUCAUCAGAUUGGGAAAUUGGGAGACUGACAUUUUAUCUGAGAAACAACUUGAUUAUGCUGCCACAGAUGCUUAUAUUUCAUGGAAACUAUACCAUGCACUGAUGGAGCUUCCUAAUGUUGAUUAAGAAAGCAAUUAGGGAAGUGAUUAACCUUUUGAGUGGGCCCCUUAAAAAUCUAAAGGUGUUCCGUAAGAUUUCCUCCCAUGAUUCAAAAGAUGGAUCUCUGAUUCAUACAUUUAUAUAUUCUUUACAGGGGUUAAUGCACCAAAUCCCCCUGUGAUUUGGAAAUUCGGCGCAUUAGCCCCCUGUGAUUUAAAAAAUGCGUCAAACCCCCUUGUGUUUUAAUUAAUCAUGCACAGAACCCCCUUUAUGAAUAAAUUUAACGAUUCGAAAAUCAUUUUUCCUAAUAUUUUGAUUGAAUAUGCAAAUAAAUAUGUCAAAAUCUCUGAAUCAUACAAAAAUAUUAAUCAUUUUUCUUUUAUUUGACAAUUGAAUUUGUUCACAUAAGGGGAUUUGGCGCAUGAUUAAUUAAAACACAGGGGGGUUUGACGCAUUUUUUAAAUCACAGAGGGCUAAUGCGCCGAAUUUCCAAAUCACAGGGGGGUUUGGCGCAUUAAACCCAUUCUUUUGGUGUGGCUCAUGAACUAGUAUUCUUUCUUAUUAAUUAACUAUAACUAAUACACAUUUAUUCUCUCUUGCUCAUUGUUUAGCUGUUUGGGACUACUUAUCUAGUUAUCUGUACAAAAAGUUUGAGUGGCUAAGAUCUGAAAAAAAAAACAGAGGAUUAGUAGUUAUUCCAUGCAGGAGUUGACAUAUAGAGAGAGUAGUACUUCGCGACUUCAUUUCAUUUAGUGAGAUUAGAUAAAUAUACACUCAUGGAUAUCCUAAAUCUAUGGUAAGUAGUUGAUUGUAAAGUGUACUUAAGGAGUUGGCAUGCAUAUUCUUCCCUAUUAUUUUUAUUCUCUCUUGGCAAUAGAAUAAAAUGGAAAGGGGAAUUGGAUAGCUGGUGAACAUUGACUAAUGCGGCAUUUGCAUGUGCUGUGGGCCAUAUAGCAGUCAAUGCCCUUCAUAUUGCCUCUUUUAACAAUAUGAACUGUUCGAAGCAGGGAAUUUUUGCUUAUGGGGCAGUUUUUUUAUCGGGAAA